AUGGCUCAGACCACCGAGGGUGCGUCUGAGAUUGUGGAGGGUGUAAGGUUCAGUUUCAUGACUGAUGAAGAGGUCAGGAAGCACAGUGUUUUAAAGAUUACAAACCCUAUUUUACUUGACAGUGUUGGAAGACCAAUGCCAGGAGGAUUGUAUGAUCCUUUGUUGGGCCCAAUGGAUGAACAAGCACCAUGUAAGUCAUGUGGGCAGCAGUCAUUUCAAUGCCCAGGGCAUUGUGGUCACAUUGAUCUUGUUUCACCAGUAUACAAUCCAUUGCUUUUUGAUAUGCUUUUCACUCUUAUAAGAAAAACAUGCUUCUUUUGUCGCCAUUUUAGAGCAGGAAAAGAAGAGGUCAAUGUUUGUACGUCUAAACUAAUGAAGAUAGCAAAAGGUGAUGUUUCUGGGGCUAAAGAUUAUGUCAUCAACAAUUCAGAUGCCAAAGACAUUGAUCUAGAGGACAAUGAUUUUAGGCAUGGUUCAAGUUCCACAUUACAUUCUGGUUCACAAAGUGAAAGCCCUGAACAAACACAACAUGAUUUUUGGACAUCUGUUCAAUAUAUAGAAGCAAGGAAUCUUUUGAAAGAAUUUUUGGCUAACCCUAGCAAGUCUUGUAAAAAUUGUGAAGCUAAAAACCCAAAGAUCAGUAAACCUACAUUUGGAUCGUUCCGUAUGGAAAUGACUGUUGCUGAUGCGGAAAAGAACUAUAUGAAAGGUUAUAAAUUGGGAAGUAUACAAGAUGAGGAGUUAGAAGAUGGGGAAGAUGACAAGACUUCUGAGGUUAUAAAUGUCAAUGAACUAUCAGAAGAUGAAAGAGUUGACACUGCUGGAACCAAUUCAUUUUCACCAUCUUCAUCUAACAAAAAGAAAAUAAAGAAGAAAAAGUCAAAAGUGCCCUCUGACUUCAAAGAGCUGAAGAACAACUACACAGGCACUCUUUUACCAUCUAGGGUCAUAAGUAUAGUGAAAGAUUUGUGGGAAAAUGAAGCUGAUCUUUGUGCAUAUCUAUGCAAUAUUCAGCAAGAAAGGCUGACUGGAUCUUUUAAAACUACUGGUUACACCAUGUUCUUUUUAGAGGCCUUACUUGUUCCCCCUACAAAAUUUCGUCCUGCUGCCAAAGCAGGUGAUGCUGUGAUGGAGAAUCCACAAACAGUGUUACUAGGAAAGGUGCUACAGUCAAAUAUAUCAUUGGGAAAUGCUCAUAUCAACAAACUUGAAGGUUCCAAGAUUGCUGAUCGUUGGCGGGACCUACAACAGUCUGUAAAUGUUCUAUUUGACAGCAAAACUGCCACAAAUCCAAAUCUGAAAAAUGCGAAUACUGGGAUAUGCCAGUUGCUUGAGAAGAAAGAGGGAAUCUUUCGCCAAAAAAUGAUGGGCAAAAGAGUCAAUUAUGCAUGUCGAUCUGUCAUUUCACCUGAUCCUUAUUUAGCUGUUAAUGAAAUCGGUGUUCCUCCUUAUUUUGCCUUAAGGUUGACCUACCCCGAGAGAGUGACUCCUUGGAACGUUGUGAAACUAAGAGAUUCCAUUAUUAAUGGUUCUGAUAUUCAUCCUGGAGCUACUCAUUAUGCUGAUAAGGUGUCAACUGUGAGACUACCUCAAAGCAAAAAGAUGCGUAUUUCUAUAUCUAGAAAGUUACCUUCUUCUAGAGGCACAGCUAUACAAUCCAAAAACAGCAGUGACUAUGAUUUUGAGGGUAAAAUCGUCUAUCGCCAUUUACAAGAUGGAGAUAUUGUCCUUGUGAAUCGUCAGCCUACACUUCACAAGCCCAGUAUUAUGGCACAUGUAGUUCGAGUAUUAAAAGGGGAGAAAACUCUUCGUAUGCAUUAUGCAAAUUGCAGUUCUUACAAUGCUGAUUUUGAUGGAGAUGAAAUGAAUGUUCAUUUACCACAAGAUGAAAUCUCACGUUCUGAAGCUUAUAACAUUGUGAAUGCAAACAAUCAGUAUAUAGUUCCAACAAGGGGAGAUACUGUUAGAGGCUUAAUCCAAGAUCAUAUUGUCAGUUCUGUUCUUCUCACAAUGAAAGAUACAUUUUUAAACCGCUGCUUUGUGAAGCCUGUUCUUCCGGCUGUCUGGAAGCCAAAGCCUCUUUGGACAGGAAAACAGGUGAUAACAGCGUUGUUAAAUCAUCUGACUAGAGGUUAUACGCCUUGUAUUGUUGAUAACAAGGUGAAGAUCCCAGAACAGUAUUUUCAAGGAAAAGAGGAUAAAAAUAAAAAAAAUAAAAAACGAAAGAAAGAGGUUGUGGAAUUGAAAAAUGAAAUUGAUGAAACAAGAUUAUUGAUUUGGAAAAAUGAGCUUGUGAGUGGUGUGAUAGAUAAAGCUCAAUUUGGAAAGUAUGGUUUGGUUCAUACAGUACAAGAGUUAUAUGGACCAGACAUUGCAGGACUUUUACUUGGAGCUUUUAGUCGAUUAUUCACUAAUUAUUUACAGUUCCAUGGAUUUACAUGUGGUUUAGAUGACCUAAUGGUGUCACCAGAUUGUGACAAAGAAAUGAAGAUGGAACUUGAAGGUGAAGAUGUAGGUGAAAAAGUUCAUAGAAAAUUUGUCAACUUGGAAAAUCAAAAAACAGGGACAAGAGAGUUGCAAUUGGAAACUGAGAAAAUAAUAAGAAGCAAUGGAGCAACAGCAUCUGCAAGUUUAGAUAACCUCAUGCAAACAGAGCUAAGAGAUAAAGGUUCAAUGAUCAGCAAAAAAUGGUUACCAAAAGGACUGAUGAAACCCUUCCCACAAAACUGCAUUUCUCUCAUGACCAUCAGUGGUGCCAAGGGUAGUUCGGUAAAUUUCCAACAAAUAUCAUUUUUACUCGGUCAACAAGAGUUAGAAGGGAAACGAGUGCCCCGAAUGGUUUCCGGGAAGACUUUACCCAGCUUUUCACCUUGGGAUUUCACCGCUCGGGCAGGCGGUUAUAUCAUUGACCGGUUUUUGACCGGGCUCCGCCCACAAGAAUACUAUUUUCACUGCAUGGCUGGGCGUGAAGGGUUGGUGGAUACAGCUGUCAAAACUUCUAGAAGUGGGUAUUUACAAAGGUGUCUUAUUAAGAAUCUUGAAAGCCUAAAAGUUUCAUAUGAUUACACAGUUCGUGAUGCUGAUGGAUCCAUUGUUCAGUUUUAUUAUGGUGAAGAUGGUGUCGAUGUGCAUCAAACUAGCUUUUUAAAUAAUGUUCAAGUUCUCAAAGCUAAUCAAGAAAUCGUCUGCCAAAUGUUAAACGAACCACUUGAAUUCAAUUCUUACAUUCAAGAAUUACCACAAGGGAUUCAAGAUAAAGUUAAAAGUUAUAAACAGAAGGGUAAAAAAGAGAAAGAUGAUUUAUUGAUGUUGGUAAGGCAAAAGUAUUUGUCUAGUCUUGCACAGCCUGGCGAACCGGUUGGUGUCAUUGCUGGUCAAUCUGUUGGUGAACCUUCCACUCAGAUGACAUUGAAUACUUUUCAUCUUGCGGGACGUGGUGAGAUGAAUGUGACACUUGGUAUUCCACGUUUACAGGAGAUAUUAAUGACUGCUGCUGCUAACAUCAAGACUCCUAUCAUAACAUGUCCAUUGCUUCAAGACAAAUCAAUGGAAGAUGCGGAGAGACUUGUGGAGAAAGUGAAGAAGCUUACUGUUGCAGAACUUAUGCAGAGUGUACAAGUCUCAAAGUUACCACUUGUGAUACAUAAUAAUCGUCCGUGUAGGAUCUAUAAGCUUAUGGUGAAGCUGAAACAACCGAGACAUGUGUCACUACAUAACUGUCAGGAAACACUUAGGAAUGUUUUUCUAAGGGCAUUGGAGGAUGCCAUUGAAAGACAUGUGGUUUUGCUGUCUAGAAUUAAUGGAAUCAAAAGUGUUCGGAGUUCAAAAACGGAACGUUCAGGGGAAGAUGAUGAUGCUUCUGUUGAUGAUGGUGGUGAUCAUGAUGGUGGUGGUGAUGAUGGUGAUGAUGACGAUGAUGAUGACAGAGAUGAAACAGCUGAUGAUCUUGGAUCAGAGUAUACUAAAAGAAAACGACAAAAUACAGAUUCAGUUGAAUACGAAGAUGGUUCUGAAGAGGAAGAUGAAGAAGAGGAAGCAUCCUCGGAUGUUGAUGAAAAUGGAGGUGCUGACGUGGCGAAUGCUGAUAUGGCAACCGGAACCGAUGAUGAAACAGAAGAACAAGAACAAGAACCAGAAGAAGAAGAAGGUGAUGCAGACAAAGCAAGCUCUAAACCCACUGAAGAAUUUGUGGAGAGAAAAUUCGAUAGGUCAAUAUUCGUUCAAGUCAAAGACAUGAGUCUUGAAGUCCAUUUUAGAUUCACAAACGAACCAGAGAUUUUGCUAGCAGAGGUUGCACAGAAGGCUGCAAAAAAGGUAUACAUCAAAGGAUCUGGAAAACUGGACCAGUGCCAGCCUGUGAAGUACAGUGUAAACGUGAAACAAGUCUGUUGGAAUCAAAAACACAUGGAGACAGCAAAAGACAAAAUGUGUGCAUUGCAGGCUUCAGGAGUAGAGCUUCCUGCGUUUUGGGAUAUGGAAGAUGAGCUUGAUGUGGACCAUGUUUAUUCCAACAACAUACACACCAUGCUCAACACCUAUGGAGUUGAAGCUGCAAGAACAGGGAUUAUUUUGGAGAUGAAGAAUGUGUUUGGGAGUUAUGGGGUGGAGAUUGAUUACAGGCAUUUAAGUCUCAUUGCUGAUCACAUGACUCAUUCUGGAGGCUAUCGCCCAAUGAGUAGAUUCGGGAGUAUAUCGGAAUCCGUGUCUCCCUUCUUGAAGAUGUCCUUUGAGACUGCGAGUAAGUUUAUUGUUGAGGCGGCUUCUCAUGGGAUGAUGGAUAAUUUGGAGACACCAACGGCUAGGAUUUGUCUUGGUUUGCCUGUUAAAGUUGGUACUGGCUCUAUGGAGUUGAUGCAGAAACUUGAUAUAUAAAUUGAUUUUUGUAAGGGUAUUUUUGGUAUUUACCCCCAUCACAUAUACCAAAACAAUUUUGAACUAGUCCCCAUUGUGUUUUUCAAGUUUGUUGUCAUUCAUUUCACAUGAUUUUGGGAUUACCAUCAAUGUUGUAAUUGUUUGAAAUUAUA